GGAGACCUUGACCCCCUGAGUGUCGGAUGGCAUGAGCAAUGGAGCCUCACCCACUGCUCACGGUGCCCGGCGCUGCAAGGGACGAGGAGGGCCGUUUGGACGCCUCGCAGUACCACCAGCUGGUGGCUAGCUUCCGGCAGAGCGAGGGGGAGAAGGCGCUGCGGGCGGAGCUCCACUUUGACCCCAGCAAGCCAGGCCUGCGUCUUGGCGAGGAGCUGCCGAGUGGACUUCGGACCUGGGACGAUGCCAAGGUGAAGAGCGCCAAGGGGGCCCUGAAGAAAGGCGCCGGGUGGAUUGCCACGGCGCCGGAUGCCAAGAGCCGCUGGUUCAACGUGCGCACCUGGGGCAGCUGGCGAUUGGCCUUCCUUCUGGCGCAGCUCCAGCGUCUUCUCUGGGAAUCUCCAGCGCCGGGACCGGACCCUCCGCCGCUUCCGGCGCCGGAAGCGGAGGCGAAGAAGCGGAGGAAGGGGAAGGCGCCGGCGCCGGCCGAAGCGGCGCCCGCGCCGGCCGCUGCGCCGCAGGCGCCCGCCGAAGCCGCGGCUGAAGCCCCGGGCGGCGCAUCGGUGCGGCGGUGGCGGGUGAAGACGGCGGCGAAGGCGGCGGCCAAGGGCGGCGCUGAGGCGGCGGCCCCUUCGCCGCCUGAGCUGGCACCGCUGGUGGCGCCAGCUCAGGCUGCUGCAGCAGCUCAGGCAUCCCCGGCUCAGGCGCCAGCUCCGGCAGCUCAAUCCCAGGCGGCAGCUCCGGCUCAGGGCGUCAAGCGGCCGGCGGAGCCCAAGAAAGACCGAGAGAAGAAGCCGCUCUGGCGCCAGUGCCUCGAUCGCUCCGGCGGCAUCGGUAAGGGCCAGGUGCGAGGCUUCGUGCAGUUGAUGCGCUCAGACCUGGACCUGGCCACCAAGAACGGGUUCAUGGAGGCCUUGAGGCUGACGAUCAGCCCCAAGCGCUUACUGCGCUUCGUGAAGCACGGGGGCGUCACCAGGGUGGUGCUGUGGUUGGAGCGCGCCUUGGGGGAGUCCUCCAGCCCGGAGCUGGAGACGUUCUUGGAGAACUCCCUGAAGUCCCUCCGCAUGCUGAACCUCCGCGCCAUGGACCAGUCCUCCGCUCAGAGCCUGGUGGAGCUGAUUCAGCGUCUCCGCCAGCGGCUCCAGGUCGGGCGCAAGGGGGCGGACAGCGCGGCCAAAGCGGCGGUUCCCGCCGCGCCGAGGACCCCGCCCCAGGCGGCGCCACGGACGCCGCCGAAAAGGAACACAGGCCCACCGCCCCGCAACCGGGCGCCGGUGAUCCGCGUGGAUCGAGCGGAGCGCGAGCCGCGCGCAACAGGCGAGCUGAAGCCGCCCGCUUCGCCCGUUUCCGCGGCGGCGGUGCCCUUUGCGCCACCGCUGGGGGCGCAGCCCAAGACGCCGCCGCUGAGGUGGACGGAGCCGAAGGAUGCGAAGCCGCUGCUCUUCGGGGAGAAGUCGCCCAAGGCCUUGCUCUUCCAGGCUCCGGCGUUCAAGGCUGCACCGGGCGAAAAAGCUGAAGUUCAGAAGGUGCUUUUCCAGGCUCCGGCAUCGAAAGCACCACCCGAGGGACGGGCUGAAGUUCAGAAGGUGAGCUCUGUGAUCGCGCUGGAUGAAGCGGUGGCCACACCGGUGCAUCGAUCGCAUUCCGCCAUCCAAGCAGUGCCCAGAGCGCGGCCCAGCUGCCUGGUGCGACCCUCGGCCCGGCCCGAAGCGCCGGCGGCCCCGGCCUCGCCCAAGAGCCGACCCAGCAAUGCGCCGCACUUGGUCCUGCUUGCCCAGCCCUCCACGCCGGAGCUGGACGCAAACCCCGUCUCGCCGGAAACGGAGCCGAAGGUUCAGGAGAAGCCGAGCCCGGAGCUGCCACAACAGCCGCCCGUGCCGAAGCUCGUGACGUCAGCUUCACCGAAAGCAAAGCCUCCGGCGAAGGAUGGCGACGCCAAGGUGCCGGCAGCCUUCCGGGGGAAGGAGAAGGCUCGUGUGCCUGCGGCCUUCCGGGCGAAGGAAAAGGCCCGACUCUGGGCGGAGGAGUCUUUGCGCGUGGCCACGCCCAAGGCCGCCACGAGCGCGGCGGCGUCCGUCGACGCGGCGUUUGUCGACGCGGACGCCGGCGCCGAGCUCCCCGUGAAGUUCGAGCGCAAGCGCCCGGCGCCGCGCGUGGUGCCGCCGCCGCGCCGGAAAUGGGCGCGGCUGGCGCCGGAGGCGACGGAGGAGCCCAUCAGCCACCCAGAGACGGAAGAUGCGCUGCAGGAGGAAUGGUGGCACCAGCAACAACAGCAGGUGGCGGCGGAGUUUUUGUUCGCCGCAGUGCCGGAGGAGGAGAUGGACUUGGCAGCACCAGUGGAGCCGCAGGAGUGGUCCUUCCAGGAAGACCUGGGCUUAGACAAGAGCGAUGAGGAGAUGGUAAAGCAGGAUCACGAGGAGGCCGAAAACGAGGAGAUGGCUGAGGCUCCCGAAGAGUCCCUCGGUUGCAUUGACUUCGAGAGCCACACG